GGAGGGGGAGGAGAGAGAGAGAGAGAACGAGAGGAGGGAGGAGAGAGAGGAAAGGAAAGGAAAGGAGAAUAGAUCAUACGCCCGCUCUUUUCUGUAUUCUUUUUAUUUUCUCCCUCUGGCUAUUAUCAGUUUUAGUGUUUAUUUUCUCUCUCUAGACUUCUAACCAAGGACGAUGGUAUUGUGUCGGAGGCCCUUUCCCUCUCUAGAAUGUUGCAGGCGAUGAUGACGGUGAGGGGUUCCUGAAAUCAAUCGGAAUAAAUCGAUGAUGGUGGAAGAAGGAUCUGUUGAGGAGCGGCCUCAGAGGAAGGAGCGGCUCGCCAGGGCCUGCACCGCUCGCACCGCUGCGCGCCUCUUUCCCCUCGCUCCUGCAAUCGAGCAACAGCAGUCGCGGCGGGCGGCUCUCUCUACGAGAGACUCUUCUGAUCAAUGCAAGGAGAUCACGGACCUUUCUCGGCCUCCCCCGCCGUCUCAACUCCCUCGCUGGACCCUCCGCUCCAUGUGGGAGCUCGCCUCUCUCCUCAACUUCCUCCACGUUUUCAGACCCCUUUUGAACAUUGGCGUGGAGUUCACGGCGGAGGAGCUGGAGACUGCCCUUAUCACCCCCAAUGACACCUUGGCUGACAUUCAUAUGCCUCUAUUGAAGGCUAUUCCUCCUAUAACAAGAAUUGCUCUGGGGCGGAGUACCUGGAUUACAGUUUUAUGCCGAAAGUUAAAGGACUGGUGGCAUUGGGUUGCUGAUGGAGAGGUUCCGAUUAUUGCCUCACAUGGGGAGGAAGUUGAGGCAUAUCAGGCACUCGAGCCCGGGACGCGUGUGUUGAUCUUGAAAGCAUUAUGUGAUAUUCGCGUAGAGCAAGAAGAUAUCAGGAAUUAUAUUGAUGACUCCAUAAAGCAUGGAAUUCAUCCAUCAGCAUUCCGCAGUGAGCGAAUUGGGGGUGAUUCACAUGGAACUUCAUACUGGUAUGAAGAUGAUCCAAUUAUUGGCCAUCGCUUAUAUCGUGAAGUGAGAAAAAUUGAAUACAAAAAGUUGAAGUCCAAGGGUAUCCCAUCCCAGCCCAUUAUUACUUGCCAGUGGGAGACAGUAGCAGCUAAUUUUGAUGAAUUUCAGGAAGUUUCCGAAAAGCUUGCUAUGAGUAAAAAUAGGACGGAAGCUGCCCUUGGAAAGAGGUUGAAGAUUGACAUUCUUCCAGAGAUUGAGAAAAUUUAUAAGAGGAAAGAAAGGCAGCUGAAGAAACAACAUAGGCAAGCUGUCCUCUUAGAUAGCUUUAUAAGUGCUGAUGGACUUACCUCAGGACGAUCUCUUCGUGAUAGAAAGCCAGUUACAUAUACCUUUGAUGACUAUGAUCGGUCCAUCAAUGAGGCAAUCAAAAUUACCAAGAAAGGGCAACCUACUCCUGAGCCUGUUCCAAGGAAAGAAGUGGUCAGGAAGCCUGAAACUUCAACUAACGGUAAAGUAAAUGGGGGUUCUUUACAUGUCCCUCUACAGAAUGCUUCAAACGAUACCUUGUCCCCAAGGUCAACGGAUGAUGAAGAUACAGAUGUUGAACAGAACUUUGGUCCCCUGGAUCGCAGCAAUCGGCAGAGGAGACGGCCACAACGGUAUUCAGAGAGAGAGUUUGUAGAAGCUGUCUCGGAUAAUGAGGCGGAUUUUGACAGUGAUGAAGAGAUAGUGGGGGAGGCAAUCUAUGAUGAGGAGUACCUUCGCACCCGAAAACAUAAAAGGGCAGCCUCGAGCAGCAGUUCUGAAGGCGACGAAGAAUACAAAUGGGAUGAAGAAAAUGCUGAUGAGGAAGAGGAAGAGGAAGAAGAUGAAGAAGACGUUGAUUCUUUAAGUAGCAGUGGAGAACUUGACAUAAAAUCCAACAGGCUUUCUAGGAACUCUGAUCAAACAUGGUCCAAAAGGCGCAGGGGUAUGAAACUGAGAUCUGUUGGUGAAAUACAGAAGCAACAGUCGGGUCUGAGACGUAGUUUAAGGGCCACACGAACUCGCAUUGAUUACAGACAAUAUGAGCUUUCUGACUCCGAAACUGAGUCGAGAAAGAUUGACAAGUCUGCUAGUAUUCAUUCUGAUGAUGGAAGCAAUAAUAACCGCCCCCCUCUAGAGGAUGACUCUAUGGGAAGCGAGGAGGAUGAGAACAAGAAUUUUAAUGAACCCAUCAUUCUAAAACCCAGAGAGAGCAUAUCAGAAACCCAAGAAAAUGAGUCAAUUCGUAGCCCCACCUCACAAGAAGCCGGUAACUCAAGGAAACGCCGGUUCUUGGAUUUGAAUGAGCUUGCUCCAGGUGGUGGAUUCGAUGAUGGACCCAGCACAGUUACUAGAGAUCAAGAGGAAGACAAGGAUUAGAUACAACAGGGAAGUUAAAAGUGAAGCGCACAUGCAUAUUGUUAAAAUGGGGAGCUAGUAUUUAUGGCGACAAGCCUUUGUGCUUUGGAAAUGCCCAAGGUUGGGUCUGAAGUGGGAGGUGUAUCAUGAGUCGUUUGGUGGCCCUUUCCUUGAAGGAUGAUGUUACAUUGGGUCGAUGUGGUGGUGACGGUGACCCUUAGUAGUUGUAAUCUACUCCGUUGAUUUUUCGGCAGAGUUCAAAUGAACGCUGAAAAUGUGUAGAUAGUCAUAGUCUCUUUUAAUGUUCUUACCUUUUCAUGCAAUCUAUUAUUAAAUGCCCAUCUUUGGGGCGUCUUGUGAUGUUGGUGCUAACCGUUGUACUGAAGUUGAAAAGACAGUAAUGAGAAUCCUGUGGGCUUUGAAACACUUUU